AUGAGACCUGUCUUGCCCGCGAACCAUCCUCUUAGUAGCCGUUCCCCAGCUCGGCCAGACAGCUUGGUGCGCAGUUCUACAACUGUGUCUACUACUUGUUUCAUUACCUCCGAGGCAGACCUCGACGCUCGCCGAGAUCGCUCACGUCCUCGCUUUCGCCAGCAGAGCGAUCCUCGCAAGUGUGGUCACAACUCGCGCCAUCCAUCAACCCCACGUCAACGACGUUCGUCUCCUCGCGCAUUCAGCAAGCCUACGUCGCCCACGUCAGAAUCUGACGAGUCGGAGGAACUAGUUGUUGGACAAGACUCUUUGAAUUCGCUAUCCCGGCCGAGCACUCCAUCUUUAAUCGGCCUUUCGCAUUCCGGUUCCGUCAUGAGCAUGUCCUCGCAAAGCUUCUCUCUCGCGGGACCCUCUGCAGAUGCUCAAAGUGAUUUGGUUUAUGGCAAUGGCAAUGGCAAUGCAUCACUAUCCAUGUCAGAUCUGGCGAAUAAUGAGGUCUACCAGAACACCACGAUACCUCAACUCAUCAUGCCUAGCUUAACAGUUCCUCGGCGCCGUCCCUUUUCUGAAGUGGGCAAGUCUUUGGGCAAACUGAAAAUUAUGGUUGCUGGACAAACCGGUAUUGGCAAAACUUCACUCAUCAAAACUUUGGCAGAACAUUGCGAACACAUCGUACACAUGGAUCCUAUAGAGAACCGCAAUGCAGUACAUGCUACGGAGACGUACGCCAGUUCUCGUCCCCAGCCCUGGUGGCGAUCUGAUUCGGAACUUACUGUAACAACAAGAAAGCGACUUCCCACCACCGGCGAUGUCCUAGACAGAAACGUGUGUUUUGUGGAAAGUCCAGGCCACGAACACGGUGCCUCUGGGCCCUGGCGUGAUCUACAUUACGUCGAAUCCCAUUUGACGUCCCUAAUGAACAAACCCAUGGCUGACUCUGAUCUCUUCACUCUAAUUAACUCUGGCGGCGAGCCAGUUGUGGACAUUCUACUUUACCUCAUUCCUCACAGCGGCCUCGGACAACAAGAUGCAGAGUAUAUUAAGCGUGCCCAACGCAUGACAAAUGUUAUACCUAUUCUUUCCCGAGCUGAUCAGCUCGAUUCAGAAACAGUUGCGCACAUCAAGCAACAAGUUGUGAAGUGUCUGGACGAUGCGGAAGUUGACUUCUUCUCCUUCGAAGGCCCUCAAUCGCCAAAGGAGUUGCACUGCGUGUACGCUGUCUCUACCGCAUCCCGACCGGAUUACGACACCAUGGAUGCCAGCGUCCUUAUGAAUUCGGAUUACAUCGCGCCGCUUGUCCCAACCGAUCUGAAUCGAUUGGUCGAUCAUAUCUUCUCUUUGGAUGGCAGCGCUCGACUACGCCAUUCCGCAGCUGUUAAGUGUAUCAAUUGGCGUCGUGACCAUGGCGACAAUCUGUUACAAAACGCUUUAUCGAGUGGGACUAUGGUUUCAAGAUCUAUUCCCGAGAGGGCGUUGAGAUUAAGGUCCUUCAGGAGAACUCCAAGUUGGGACCGAUUGGAACUCUAUAAUUGGGCAAACAAUCUACGCCAGAGUCUUCAGUCCGAGAGGCUCUAUCACUUGAUGGAAGAGAGGGCUAUUUCAAGUGCUGCUGCAAGAGAAUCUAGUCUUGUUCAUGUUGCUAAAAGUCGCAAGCCAACUCGUUCUAAGAAACGAAAGGACCCAACGCCAACUCACCAGGAUCCACUGGGCCUCCUAGACAUAGGAGGAAGUCUCAAACAGAAAGGCAUGCUUGCACUAGAAAUGGUCAGUAGCGUUGGGUUGGUUGGGCUGGUAGCCUCUAAAAUCGUUCACACCGGCGUAUCUGGCGGAAUAUGCUCCGUUGUGGAAUCGAGGAGAGGCGGCAUGGAGGUUGGUCGGCUGAGUAUGGUUCUGUCCUUUUAA